UUGCCGCUGUAGCUCCGCGCGCGCACCUGCCCCGCGCGAGCUGAGAAGGCGAGUCCCCGCGAAGGCGGGACGACGAGGGCAGGCUGGCAGCAGGUGGCCACGCGAGGCUGCCCAGUCCCCGCUGAACUAGCGGAGCAUGUGAGCCCUUCCCUCGCAAGACCGGCUCGGAGUGGAGUGACCGGCCGUGCUGCGCCUGCUGCGCUUCCCUCCGCCAUGGGCCUCCCUUUGCUGCUGGGGCUGCUGCUCUCCCGAACCGGAGGCCUCCUUGUUCUCGCUCUUGAUCAGCCGCACACCUGUAUAACAGCAGAGACCCUUUGCUUGGCUGAGCCUGCCUGCAGUGCCACUUAUCAGACCUUGCAAAACUGUUCCCACUCUUUUUCCAAGAGCGGUUUCCUCCCUGACCAAGAAGCCAGGAACAGAUGCUUGGCGGCAGAAACAUUUGUAAGAAACAGUUAUUUUCAGGACUGCAAGUGUCACCGGCGUACACGAAAGCUGGAACAGCUGUGCCUGCGCAUCUACUGGACUGUUCAUUUCACUUUUGAUGACUUUCAUUUGGAGGUGUCACCCUAUGAAGAUACAGACAAUGAAGACUCUUCAAAGACCAAUUACAACAAACUGUCAACUAGGAUUUCAGCUAUGGAUAGGACAAAUCCCUGCCUGCAUGCCACAAAUGUUUGCCACUUGAACCACAAGUGCAUGCGUCUGCGCUCACUCUAUGCCCAGACCUGCAGCACAGAGACCACCUGUGAUCGGCGCAGAUGCCACCGGCACCUGAGACACUUCUUUGAGAGGAUCAGUGCAGAUUUCACCAAGAGCCUCCUCUUCUGCCCUUGUCAAGACGAGGUCUGUGGUGAGCGGCGCUGGAAUACCAUUGUCCCGGAGUGCUCUUUCCAGAGCAGCAGCAGCAGCAGCAAGCCAAACUGCCUCGUCCUGUUGGACUCCUGUCUGAAGGAUAAUAUCUGCAAAUCCCGGCUGGCAGACUUCCAAGAGCAAUGCAAGCCUUCAGGCACAUCUUCAGAUGGCUGCUCUCCGCACAACCAUGCUGCAUGCCUGGAGGCUUACAUGGGGAUGGUUGGUACACCUAUGACCCCCAAUUAUGCCAGCAAUUCCAGUACUGACGUCACACUGUGGUGCUCCUGCAAGGAUAGUGGCAACCAGAAGGAGGAUUGUGAGCAAGUCCUCAGCUCCUUUGCCAGCAACAGAUGCCUCAGAAGUGCAAUCCAGUCUCAGAUGAUCUUAAACCAGAGGAAUAUGGAGGUUCAGGAGCAGCUGCAGUUCACACCUUCCCUAAAUUUCCAGGGAGAUGCCACCAGCACAGAUGGCACAGUUUUCACUUCAGAAAUGCGCUGGGAAACUGAGAAAAAUAAGAUGCAGCCAGAGGUCCUCAUGCAAGACGGAAGAUCAUUUCCUAACUCUGUAUAUUCUGGAGCGCAUCUUUCUUCACUCACUUUGACCUUCACGCUGCUCCUUCUGUUACUUGGUCCGCCGUAACAUCAUACAUCUGGCAUUGCUCCUGACUUGUAAUUCCAUGAGAAGGGAAACUGGACAUUGUUUCAUGCCAAAGAGGAAGCACUGACCACCACAAGCUUCUUCCCAGUGCUCACCCCUUUCUGCCUACUUUCACUCGCUGUUCUAUGCAAAGUUGGCCUGCCUGUGAAAGGAGCAGGGGUUGCUGGUUCUCUUCCCAGUGCCCAUAAGGAAAACAAAGGCAGCUUGGAGAUUCUAGGGACCUAUUGCCUUCCAAUAUUUUUUUUAUUUUAAGAGGAAGGCGCCCAUUGCCCCUAGACUAGCAAAUGAAAUGCUAUUUCUGGCUUCAGAGUUGCCCCCCAAUCUGGACCCUCUACUCUUGGGUGGUGUUCAGGGCCAUGUGUAUAUGCAUGUCCAUUUCUUUAGACAUGCAAAACAAAACUUGGCAGUGAUGCUAAAUUGUAUCCUCUGCACUUAACCCUUUCUGCCCCUUUGUUGUGACUCAUGAGACAUUUAACACCUCAGGGCUAGGCUGGGCUUCUGUAUUCAUCUCAGUAACGCACAACUUUUCUGUCUGGUAUUAUAUGAGCCUUCUAGGCUUUCAUAGGAAUUUGCAUGCAGGCUUACUAAGAUUUUACCCACCAGAGUUUCCUCGGAGCAAUGAAGUGUCUGCCCUGAGCUGCAGAGCAAAGAUUUUUUUUCCCCCAUGUGUGGCUACCAAGCAUCCCUCCACAUGUGUUUCUGUACGUUCUGUAGCACCAGACAUUUAUCCAUAAUGUAAUAAUUCCAGAUGUAAAGAUUUGUGUGGUGUAAACUGCUGUUCUUUUGUGCUGCGGUGGUGUGUUGUCCAUUUCUAGGCACACAUUCAUAAUUCACACCCCCAUAUGUGUCACCACUGCCUUGUUGGCUGGCUUAAAUUGUUGGCAGAGGUAGCAAGCUAACUGCAACAACUUCCCUGUGCAGCUGUUUGGUGGCUGUGAAAGAUGCAGUCAGUAUUGCAUCUUGUUUCUCUCCUACUCCCCAAGAAAAAUAGACAAUGUUGUGGUUGCCAAAGUUUCCUGCCAUUUAUGUGUGUGGGGUGGGGGGUUUGGAGAACAAAGGCACAAUCCAUCUUUCUGUGAAUGUUCUACCACAUCAACCAGUGAUGACAAUGCCUCUGUGGAUUUUAGCAUGUUUCAUGUUUUUCUCAUCCAGGUAUGAGUUCCUUCUUAUUUGUGGCCAGUGAAGGGGUCCCUGUACUGCCCACCAGCAUAGGCUCUGUUUCUAUGUACAUUUACUGGUAGACUUGGUCUCAAACAUUGAGGUAUGAUUUGCAAAGGCCUGCCAGUUCAUUCUGCAGUGGUGAUGGUGUUUAUUAUUAUUCCAGCUCUUUACUGAAGGCAAGAAAGGAUUUGCUUGUAGCCUUUUUAAAAUGUUUGUAUCUGGUUGUAGCUGUACAAAUAACUUUGAAAGCAUGUCUUCUGAAAAACAAGGCAAAGAAUGUGAAAGGGUUACAAUAAAAGCUUAUUGGUUUUUUAAAAAAAAUCAAAAACAAGAAAAAACACCAAAUAAAUAUUGGGUUUGGCAGUGUAAUACUGGCACAGAAUAUGUAUUGGAUCCAGGCACCUGAAGUGUUGUGGGAAUCCAGACCUUGGAACAGGCUUAGUAUCCAUAUAAGCUGAAAGCUUUCGCAACAGUGCAAAUGUUUUUACAACAUUCCUUAGGGUAAGCAAGUCCUGAGUGGAAAAUCAUGGGAAGUCUUAAACUUCAUUUGUAAAUGCUUUCUCAUAAGCCAGUUUGUAUUUCACAACACUGUUCUCCAUUCUAGUUCAGUUGCCAAAUCAGGCUUACUUAUACAACAUAGCAAGUUACAAAAAUAAAGUUCAGCAAUUUUAUCCAGCUAAGAAGCAUACCUAUUGUAAGAUUUCAAGUCCGCAACCCAGUCCACAAUAGGCCCAGUACCCAUGUGCAGUGGGAUUGGUCACCAACCUUUUUAGGCCAGGGCAUACUUGUGAAAUUUUGAAAAACUUCUGUGAGCACCAGUCACAAGAUGACUGCUCCGGAGGUGUUUAAAUUACACAAAAUGGCUACCUUGGGGCAUGGCAGAAUAUAUAAUGGCUGCCACAUCUAAAAGAACAGAAAAAGAGACAGGGCCACAAAAUGGUGUGGGCGUGGCCCACAUCAGUGCACACAGCCCUGCCAUCAAUGGGGAAAGAAACCUCAGCCUCUUACGUAUUCAAGGAGAGAAGCUCUUUGCACUUUCUCUCUGUUCAGAAUGCCCAGUCCUGGCAUCCAUGGAAAUGUGGGCAUGUCUUUAGACUGGGGGCUCAGUGCAAGCAGCAAUUGAGCAAAGUAUCUAUUGUGCAUUGGAUUUUUAAAGGGAUUAUUUACUGAGACCUUCCAUGGGAACCAUAGGAGGUACUUGCAGGCAUGCUGGCAACCCUUGCUUGAGCUUUGUUUUCUUGCUCUCCCCUGGUUAGAGUAAGUGGGUGCCUUCUUAGGUCCAUGUACCUGUCUCCCCAUCCUCUUUCAGCCCUGCUUCCCCCAUCACUUCACUAUAAAUUACUUGUGCUCCAGAACAUAAACUACUUGCUCUGUGGAGGGAGGCAAGGCUGUAUGGCAGUAGAGAAGUGUGGUCCCUUGCUCAUCCUACAUGGGUAAGUGGGGGAAGGGGCAAAACUGCUUGCUGGAUCUGCAGUGGACUGGAUCAUGCCCCAACUGCUUUUAUUUCCAGUAUAUUCCACUGAAAUUUCAUUUUCAGUAUCUGGCUGAAGUGACCCAGUAUUGAGUCUCUGUUGACUUUUCAGUGUUGUGACGUUUGUUCCUGCUACUUAACAUAGUAACAAUGGUAAUUUGUCUCUAUUGAAUACACCAGCAACUCUCAUGCCUUUGUUAAAGCUUCAGGGCAAUAGAAAUCUCUAAAAUGUUAUCCGUCUUCAAAGUGCAAUUUAGGUCUCUUGGCAAACAGAGAAAGCGGGAGCAUUGAGAGCUGCUAUAAUGUACAAAUUGCAAUAUCUUACAAAUGUGGUUCAGACUAUAAUAUCCAAAAUAAAGUUUA